AUGGGAUCGACUUUCAAUUCAGAGUUAGAUAAAUCACUACAAUUAUUGUAUGCUUAUUCAUCAAACUUUCAAAUUUCAGUUGAAUUAAUUCAAAGAUUAGCACAACAAUUAAAACUCGAAACAUUUAUCGACAAUUUAGGAUUUCAAUUACAAAAUUCAACAAAUAAUACAAAUGUUCAAAAAUUAACCAUUGCUGCCUCAUCCAUUCUUUUAGAUCUUGAUUUUGAAUCCGAUACAAAGAUUGUCAAUCUAUCUUUAUCUAUCAAUGGAAGUGAAAACCUUCAAACUGGAGAACCAUAUACCAUUCAUAAAGAUGAAUUAGGAUUAACUCAUGUUAAAUUGAAUUGUAAUAAUAAUCGUGUUACAUUUUUAAAUAAAUCAUCAAAUUCUAAUAAGACUCAAGUUGAAGAGAUAUUAUUGAGUAAUUUACAAGGACCAAAAUUGGGAAAUUUCCCAGCAAAUUUACAAUAUUUAGCAAUAAUUGAUAAAUUUGCUAAUCAUAAUCCAGAAUUAUUCAUUUAUAUUGAAACUAUUUCAUUCUUAUUAAAUACUAUAAAUCAAAUUGAUAAAGAAUUAGAAGACUGGCAACCAGAAUUUGGUAUUCUUGGGAAUGUAAAACUAAAUCAGGAUAAGAAACUUGGAGUGGUUCUUGAUUUUUGGAAAGAUUAUCGAUUUAUAAAUCGUGAAUAUAGACUGAUUAAAGGUACUGAUGAAUUGUUAGUUGGUCAAAAUUAUGAAUUAAAACUUAAUGUGGUUGAUUCAACUAAUCAAGUUGAUUAUUUAAUUGAUAACCAGAUUCAAGAAUGGGAAAUAGCACAUGGAAAGUAUAAAUUUGAAUUUGAAAAUACUUUGAAACCACUUGUUGUGGAUGGAGACAAUUUUUCAGCAUGGGCAUUACAAUUAGAAUUAAACCAUUCAGUUUAUUUACCUGUUUUUGUAUUGGAAUAUCUUGGGUUUUUAGAUUAUACUACAUCAGAAGCAGAACAAUCGUUAAAGGAUGUAUUUGAAAAAGUUAAUAAUGGUGAAGAAUUUGAGCAAGUGUUGAACAUUGACUCUAAUAAUGUAUCCUUCCAAUUUAGCAACAAUAUUCCUAGUAAAUUUGUCAACUUAAAAUCAGUUAAUAUCAAUCAGUUGUUAGAUAUUCCAAAGAUUAUACCAGUAUUGAGAAAUUUCAUUGUGUUGUCCAAUUUGAUACGUACAGUGAUUAACAACAAACUGACACAAGUUCCUAUAUUCAAUAAUAAAAGAAGAAGAAGUUCAAGAUUGUUAGGUAUAGCCACAUCGGAGAAGGAAUUAACUGAAGAAGCUAAGCAAAAAUUAAAAGAAUCGUUGAAAUUACCUGAUGAUGUUACUGAUGAAGAGAUAUUAGGACUUAGUGCCAUUUCAGAAACGGCAAAUUAUUCAACCAUUCAACCAGUUAAUAAUAAAGAUGAGAUUGAUCUUGAUAAUUUCUUACAAAAUGAACCUAAUGGCAAUGGAUCUACAUCAAGUAAUAAUAAUGAAAUGGAAGGUAUAAAGUUUAGUGAUAGUCAAAGUUAUUUCUUGAUGAGAAUCGAAGAUAUUGAAUUUUCCAAUAAAGGAGAAGUACAAUUAAUAUUUGAAGGUAAUGUUGAUGCCGAAGAGAUUUUAAUUCAUUUCAAAAUAUCAAAUGGUGAGAUACAAAUUGUGCCAAACGGAACUAGUACUACUAAUACUACUACUACUAUAACUAGUGAUGAUAUGGAAACAGAUGAUACGCCAAGUUCAAAAUUCAUUAAAGGAUUAAAUUUGACAGAAGAUAUAAUUAGUUCAUAUAAAUCAGCAUAUUAG